AUGGAAGAAGCCGUCACACGCAAGUUUGUCCACGAAGACAGCAGCCACAUCAUCUCCUUCUGUGCGGCUGUGGAGGCCUGCGUCCUGCACGGGCUUCGGCGGCGGGCGGCUGGCUUCCUGCGGAGCAAUAAGAUCGCGGCUCUGUUCAUGAAAGUGGGCAAGAGCUUCCCACCGGCUGAGGAUCUGAGCCACAAGGUGCAGGACCUGGAGCAGCUGAUCGAGAGCGCGCGAAACCAGAUCCAGGGCCUCCAGGAGAAUGUGCGGAAGCUGCCGAAGCUGCCCAACCUGUCCCCGCUCGCCAUCAAGCACCUGUGGAUCCGCACCGCCUUGUUUGAGAAGGUCCUGGACAAAAUUGUGCAUUACCUUGUGGAAAACAGCAGUAAAUACUAUGAGAAGGAAGCUCUCUUGAUGGACCCUGUGGAUGGCCCAAUCCUGGCGUCUUUGUUGGUGGGGCCCUGUGCCCUUGAGUACACCAAGAUAAAGACUGCGGAUCACUUCUGGACCGACAGGGACGACAUGGAGGCCGUGCCGGGGUAUCUGUCCCUGCACCAGAUGGCCGACGUCAUGACCUUGAAGUGGACGCCCAACCAGCUGAUGAACGGGUCGGUGGGGGACCUGGACUAUGAGAAGAGCGUCUACUGGGACUAUGCCAUGACCAUCCGCUUGGAAGAGAUUGUCUACCUGCACUGCCACCAGCAAGUGGACAGCGGCGGGACGGUGGUGUUGGUCAGCCAGGACGGGAUCCAGAGGCCACCCUUCCGCUUCCCCAAGGGCGGGCACCUCCUGCAGUUCCUCUCGUGCCUGGAGAAUGGGCUGCUCCCACACGGGCAGCUGGACCCGCCUCUGUGGUCCCAGCGGGGGAAGACCUCCCAUCUCACCAGAUCUUUUUGUUUUGUGUCUCAAGUGGCCCCUGACCUCUUGGGCAGCGCUUCCCCUGCCUCUGUGGGCCCUGCCUGGACGAUGGUUCCUGUAGGCCGGUCCAUGCUGGUGGUGGCCAGGGGGAGUCAGUGGGCACGAGCCAGAUGGGACGCCACCCUCCCCACACCAGGCCUGAAGGAGCAGCCCCCCAUCCCCCAGGAUCUUAUGGAUGUCUCCGUGAGCAACCUCCCAUCCCUAUGGCAGCCUAGCCCCCGGAAAUCCUCCUGCUCAUCCUGUUCACAGAGCGGCUCGGCCGAUGGCAGCUCAACCAACGGCUGCAACCACGAGAGGGCUCCCCUGAAGCUUCUCUGUGACAAUAUGAAGUACCAGAUCCUUUCCAGAGCCUUCUAUGGAUUGGAAUGUAAGCCCUUCGGGGCAGCCUUCCAGCACCAGCAGGACUUUCCACAGGCGCAGAGUUAUGAGGAACAGGAGCUGCUGCGUCUCAUCUACUAUGGGGGCAUCCAGCCCGAGAUCCGCAAGGCUGUGUGGCCCUUCCUCCUGGGCCACUACCAGUUCGGGAUGACGGAAACAGAAAGGAAGGAGAUCGUGCGGCAGAGGGAGCGGGAGUCCCACGCUGCAGCCCUGGCCAAAUGCUCCUCAGGGGCCAGCCUGGACAGCCACCUGCACCGGAUGAUGCACAGGGACUCCACUAUCAGCAAUGAGUCCUCCCAGAGCUGCAGCUCCGGCCACCAGAACAUCCGCCUGCACAGCGACUCCAGCAGCAGCACACAGCAUAACUUCUCCUCGGGCCUCUCGGAGCACUCGGAGCCCAGUCUGAGCACGGAAGACAGCGUCCUGGAUGCCCAGCGGAAUGUUCCCCCGGUGCGGCGACCCAGGGGCAGCAGCAUGGAUGACAGGCAGAGCAGCGAGGCCACCACUUCCCAGGACGAGGGCCCCCGUGAGGAGCUGGCUGUGCAGGACAGCCUGGAGAGCGACCUCCUCGCCAACGAGAGCAUGGACGAGUUCAUGUCCUUCACUGGCAGCAUGGACGCGGCCCUGCCUGAAAAGGACGAUGCCGUGAUGGAGGGCUGGCGGGGCAGCGAGGCGGAGAAACGUAGCCAGGUGGACAGUGAGGACAACCUCUCAGAGGAGCCUGAGAUGGAAAGUCUCUUCCCCGCCCUGGCUUCUCUGGCCGUGACCACUUCCGCCAACAACGAGGUGUCCCCUGUGUCUUCCAGCGGCGUCACCUACUCUCCGGAGCUGCUAGACCUAUACACGGUGAAUCUGCAUCGCAUCGAGAAGGACGUGCAGAGGUGCGACCGCAACUACUGGUACUUCACACCCGCCAACUUGGAGAAGCUGCGCAACAUCAUGUGCAGCUACAUCUGGCAGCACAUUGAGAUCGGCUAUGUCCAGGGCAUGUGCGACCUUCUGGCUCCACUGCUGGUCAUCCUGGAUGAUGAGGCGCUUGCUUUCAGCUGCUUCACCGAGCUCAUGAAGAGGAUGAACCAGAACUUCCCCCACGGAGGUGCCAUGGACACGCACUUUGCGAACAUGAGGUCGCUGAUCCAGAUCCUGGACUCGGAGCUGUUCGAGCUGAUGCAUCAGAACGGGGACUACACGCACUUCUACUUCUGCUACCGCUGGUUCCUGCUGGACUUCAAGCGAGAACUCAUUUAUGAUGACGUCUUCUCGGUCUGGGAGACCAUCUGGGCCGCCAAACAUGUCUCAUCCGCCCACUAUGUCCUGUUCAUCGCGCUGGCUCUGGUGGAAGUCUACCGUGACAUCAUUUUGGAGAACAACAUGGAUUUCACAGACAUCAUCAAAUUCUUUAAUGAAAUGGCCGAACGACACAACACCAAGCAAGUUCUGAAGCUGGCCCGGGACCUCGUGUACAAGGUGCAGACUCUGAUUGAGAACAAGUGA